GUCAAAAAGAGGUUUCAAAUUCACUCAACUGACUGGUAACUUUGUAGCUGAAAAAAGGAAGGCUUCAGCAGCUGGACAAUGAGUUAUUUAAGUGAAGCAAAUGCCAAAUUUGCCUUUAAGCUUUUCAGAGAAUUGGAACAAAAUGCGAAGGAUAAUCUGGUCAUUUCCCCUCUGAGUAUCUCAGUUGUUAUGGCCAUGGUCUUAUUUGGAGCCAGAGAGAAAACUGCAUUUCAAAUGCGGAAGGUGCUUCAUUUAGAUGAAGUUACAAAAGGUGUCAGGCCAAGUGUGGAAGAUGGUGCAUCAGCAGAGGCUGAAUGCGGCACACCUGAAGAAGAGGUCCAUUCCCAGUUUCAUUCCCUCUUGGCAGAAAUCAACAAACCCAAUGAUGAUUAUUCAUUGGCCAUUGCUAACAGACUCUAUGGAAGCCAGACAUUUCAGUUCCUGCAGCCUUACUUAGAGGGUGUAAAGAAUAUUUACCAAGCAGGACUGGAAACAGUGGACUUUUUACAUGCUUCAGAAGACAGCCGAAGGAAGAUUAAUUCAUGGGUUGAAAAUCAAACAAAUGGAAAAAUCAAGGAGCUAUUUUCAGCAGGUACUAUUGACCCAACUACUGUCCUGGUACUGGCAAAUGCCAUUUAUUUCAAAGGAAAGUGGGCCAUGAAAUUUAAGCAAGAAAAAACUCAAGAAACAAAUUUCAUGACAACCAAGGACACAAGCAGACCUGUGCAGAUGAUGAAACGGACAGGAUUCUUCAAUAUGGGAUAUAUUGAGGAACCUGCAGGGAAGAUACUUGAACUACCAUAUACAAACAAACAUCUAAGUAUGUUUGUAUUGCUGCCUAGGGAUGUUGAUGGCUUAGAGAAGUUACAGCAAGGACUCACCUUUGAGAAAUUACUAAAUUCGAUGAAGCCUGAAAAUAUGGGCCAAAAAGAAGUUAUUGUGCAUUUUCCACGGUUUAGAGUGGAAGAGACUUACUCUCUGAAACCCAUAUUGGAAGCUAUGGGGAUGACAGAUAUAUUUGAUACAGAAAGUGCUGACUUUUCAGGAAUGGCAAUACAAAAGGGCUUGGCUGUGUCCAAAGUCAUCCAUAAGUCCUAUGUGGAGGUGAAUGAGGAGGGCACUGAAGCAGCAGCUGCUACUGGUGUUGUGGUUGGAUAUAAUUCUUCUAGGAAAGAAGAAUUUAAAUGUGACCACCCAUUUCUCUUUCUCAUUCGACACAACAAAAGCAAUACUAUUCUCUUCUAUGGUAGAGUUACUGCCCCUUAAUAAAGAGGAGUUGAGAACUAAUAAAAUAGAAGUUUCUUGAGAGUAGGAACUUUUUCCACGUCUGUCUUUGUAUUCCUACAGAACCAUAUAAUGGGCACUUAACAAAUAAAUAUUUGUUGAAUUAAAUUUAUCCAUGUCAAAUGAGAACUGGUUGAAAUAACUAGAAUGUUUCAUUCUCUUUUAUAUUUUAUUCUUAUUUUUGGUUUCAAAUUCUCCCUUCCUAUACUUCCUUGCUCCCAUGGCUGUUGGAGUACACCUCUAGUGAAUACCAAGAAUGUGAAUGAAUA